UCAUCUGUUUAUUUUAAUCUGGCACCUUCCACAGCGGCCUGCUACACUUCCCAAUUUGAACCAAACAGCUUCCCACACUUCCCAUCUCUCCUCCUCAUUGUGCCCAUUGUCGUGCUCAUCGUCCCUGGUAUUCCCCUCCUCCUCAUCAUCCCUGGUGUUCUCUUUCUCCUCAUUGUCCCUGGCAUUCCUCUCCUCCUCAUUGUCCCUGGUGUUCCUUUUCUCCUCAUCUUCCCUCUCGCUGCCUCCCUGUUGCUGCCUCCCUCUUUCUGCCUUCAUUGUCCCUGGUGUUCCCCUCCUCCUCAUCGUCCCUCUUGCUGCCUCCCCCUUCUGCCUCCCUCUUGCUGCCUCCCUUGUUCCAUCACCUUCCCUAUACCCUCACCC